CUGCAGCGACAUGUCCGAGGAGGCGAAGAGAGCGGCCGCCUGGGCAGCUGUCGAUAACCACGUGAAGAAUAACCAAGUCCUGGGAAUUGGAAGUGGCUCUACCAUUGUCCCCGCUGUCCAUCGCCUAGCUGAGAGAGUUAGACAGGAGAAACUGAAUAUCGUCUGUAUCCCAACAUCUUUUCAGGCCCGUCAGUUGAUCCUCCAGCAUGGCUUAACCUUAAGUGACCUGGACAGGCAUCCAGAGCUCGAUGUUGCCAUUGACGGAGCUGACGAAGUGGACUCUGAGCUCAGCCUUAUCAAAGGUGGCGGAGGCUGCUUGACACAGGAAAAGAUAGUUGCAGGCUAUGCAAAAUGUUUCAUUGUCAUUGCUGACUACAGAAAAAAUUCUAAGAACCUUGGGGAGCAGUGGAAGAAAGGAAUCCCCAUUGAAGUCAUUCCAAUGGCUUAUGUCCCAGUCACCAGAGCACUGACCAGGAAUUUUGGUGGUGUUGCUGAGCUGAGGAUGGCUGUUCGUAAAGCGGGUCCCGUGGUGACUGACAAUGGGAAUUUCAUAUUGGACUGGAAGUUUGACAAGGCCCACAAGUGGAACGAAGUGAACACAGCUAUAAAAAUGAUACCAGGCGUGGUGGAGACAGGUCUCUUUAUCAACAUGGCAGACGUGGUUUACUUCGGCAUGGAAGAUGGUUCUGUCAGUGCCCGUGAGAAACUGGCCCUCUGACGCAGUCCAAUCACACCAUGCAACCUGCCUUCCAAAACAGCUGUCCUCAUGGUGCCAACCUGACACGUUGCCUUAACGAGCAGCCAGCCCAGUCGCAGAGGUCGGGGCAAAAGGUCUGUCAGACUCCGCUGACGUGCUACUGAAUGUCUUUUUAAAAAAAAAUAUUCUCUAUUUUUUAUUGUUCAGGAAUGCUUUUUUUAAAAAGAAGAGUCACUUGAACAGAAGUUGCUUUUAACAUUUUUAUUUUGUUUGAUAAGAAGCAUUUACCAAAAAGGAUACGUCUUACAGAACUUGAACCCUCUAGUUGCUCUGGUUGUUGGGAGAGGUGUUGUGGGAGAAAAGUGAUCACAAUGCAUUGUUUUUAUUUCGUUUGCUGGGAGGAAAAAUUAAAGAUGCAGCAUGUAAAACAAAGGCAUAUCCAGUUGGGAUUUGCUGAUGCCUUAUGGGAACCUUUUGGUUCAAUAUUUUCUCCCUUUUGGGUUUUUUUUUUUUUUUUAACAUCAUGAUUUUUAAAUAGUCCAGAAUGCCUAGUUAUUCUCCAUGGGUGUGAAACUCAGCCCUGUGCAGAGGGCCGGAACAGAAGCAUUGCAUAGGCUUUUUCUGGUCCUCUGCAUAGAAGUGAAUUUCAUUCUUUGGGCCAAACACUGCUCUGUUAAACCAGUGUCAAUCCACAGUAACUGCCAUGAAGAUUCGUACCAAUCAGUGAAGUUACUCCAGGUUGACAGUUGUGUAAACGAGCAGAAUUGGAGCCUUGAUCAAGUUUACAGCAAUGUAUUUGAGAAGUUGUCAGCAGUGCGUAGUAUCUAAGCAGCAAGUCUUUGGGUUAAGAAUGAAGACAGUGCGUCACAUUGUACUGCUGAUUGUUUCAUGGGAGGACGGAGCGGAAAGCAAAGAAAUAUUGAGUCUUCCUGCCUGACCUGGAUACAAAUGUAGCAAGAGGACAAGGCAAUCAUCUGAUGUGUCCUAUUCCACCUAAAGGUGCUUUGCAUGUUAGUGUCAAAAAUGUGAGUUAUUUCUCUGUAUGUUAUGGGCACUGAAAUAAAGAGCUGUAAUGCCAUUUUUUUUUU